AUGCCGAGCAGCUCGGACACGGCGCUGGGGGGAGGCGGGGGCCUGAGCUGGGCGGAGAAGAAGUUGGAGGAACGCCGCAAGCGGAGGCGAUUCCUGUCCCCUCAGCAGCCGCCGCUGCUGUUGCCGCUCCUGCAGCCGCAGCUCCUGCAACCGCCGCCGCCCCCGCCGCCUCUGCUCUUCCUGGCUGCUCCCGGCACGGCCGCCGCCGCAGCCGCCGCCGCCGCGGCCUCCUCCUCUUGCUUCAGCCCGGGCCCCCCUCUGGAGGUCAAGCGGCUGGCGAGAGGCAAGAGGCGCGCAGGAGGGCGGCAGAAGCGGCGCCGCGGGCCCCGCGCCGGGCAGGAGGCGGAGAAGCGUCGGGUCUUCUCGCUGCCCCAGCCGCAGCAGGACGGCGGUGGCGGUGCUAGUAGCGGCGGGGGUGUGACCCCGCUGGUGGAAUACGAGGAUGUGAGCUCCCAGUCCGAGCAGGGGCUGCUGCUGGGGGGGGCCAGCGCGGCAACGGCGGCGACGGCUGCCGGGGGAACGGGGGGCAGCGGCGGGAGUCCGGCCUCCUCCUCCGGCACCCAGCGGCGCGGGGAGGGGUCGGAGCGCAGGCCCCGCCGGGACCGCCGCAGCAGCAGCGGCCGCAGCAAGGAGCGCCACCGCGAGCACCGGCGGCGGGACGGGCAGCGCGGCGGCAGCGAGGCCUCCAAGUCCCGCAGCCGCCACAGCCACAGCGGCGAGGAGCGGGCCGAGGCCGCUAAGAGCGGCAGCAGCAGCAGCAGCGGCGGCCGCCGGAAAAGCGCCUCGGCCACGUCUAGCAGCAGCAGUAGCCGCAAGGAUCGAGACCUGAAGGCUCACCGGAGCCGGACUAAGUCGUCCAAGGAGCCGCCUUCGGCCUACAAGGAGCCGCCCAAGGCCUACCGGGAGGACAAGAGCGAGCCCAAGGCCUACAGGCGGCGGCAGCGGUCCCUGAGCCCGCUGGGAGGCCGGGACGACAGCCCGGUGUCCCACAGGGCCUCGCAGAGCCUGAGAAGCCGCAAGUCCCCCAGCCCGGCAGGAGGUGGCAGCAGCCCGUACUCUCGGCGGCUGCCACGCUCCCCGAGCCCCUACAGCCGCCGCCGCUCCCCCAGCUACAGCCGCCACAGCUCCUACGAGAGGGGCGGCGACGUGUCCCCGAGCCCCUACAGCAGCAGCAGCUGGCGCCGCUCCCGGAGCCCCUACAGCCCGGUGAUCAGACGUUCUGCCAAAUCCCGAAGCAGAAGCCCAUAUUCCUCUAGGCAUUCAAGAUCUCGUAGCAGGCACAGGUUGUCUCGAUCCAGAAGCCGUCACUCUAGCAUUUCUCCUAGCACACUAACUCUGAAGAGUAGCCUGGCAGCCGAGUUGAACAAGAAUAAAAAAGCACGGGCUGCAGAGGCAGCAAGAGCUGCAGAAGCCGCGAAAGCUGCAGAAGCAGCUAAGGCUGCUGAGGCUGCUGCCAAAGCUGCCAAAGCUUCCAACACUUCUACACCUACGAAGGGGAGCACGGAGACGGGUGCCGGUGCAUCUCAAACAAACCAUGUGAAGGAUGUGAAGAAACUGAAAACAGAACACGCACCUUCUCCGUCAAGUGGUGGGACUUUAAAAAACGACAAGGCAAAAACAAAGCCACCUCUUCAGGUAACCAAGGUGGACAAUAAUUUGAUUGUAGAUAAAGCCGCCAAGAAAGCAGUUGUAGUUGGGAAGGAGAGUAAAUCUGCUGCUACAAAGGACGAACCAGUAUCUCUUAAAGAGAAAACCAAACCACUUACACCAAGUUUAGGAGCCAAGGAGAAGGAGCAACAUGUGGCUUUAGUGACCUCUACGUUACCACCAUUACCUUUGCCUCCCAUGCUGCCUGAAGAUAAAGAUGCUGAUAGCUUACGAGGAAAUAUUUCAGUAAAAGCAGUUAAAAAAGAAGUAGAGAAGAAACUACGAUGUUUACUUGCUGAUUUACCACUGCCCCCUGAGCUACCAGGAGGAGAUGAUCUCUCAAAGAGUCCAGAAGAAAAGAAAACAACAACACAGUUACAUAGUAAAAGGAGGCCUAAAAUAUGUGGGCCUCGCUAUGGUGAAAUCAAAGAAAAAGAUAUUGACUGGGGAAAACGCUGCGUGGAUAAAUUUGAUAUCAUCGGAAUUAUUGGAGAAGGUACCUAUGGACAAGUUUACAAGGCCAGGGAUAAAGACACUGGAGAAAUGGUAGCCUUAAAGAAAGUACGUCUAGAUAAUGAAAAGGAAGGCUUUCCAAUUACAGCAAUUCGAGAAAUUAAAAUUCUCCGGCAGCUUACCCACCAGAGUAUUAUCAAUAUGAAGGAAAUAGUGACUGAUAAAGAAGAUGCUUUGGAUUUUAAGAAGGAUAAAGGUGCAUUUUAUCUGGUGUUUGAAUAUAUGGACCAUGAUCUGAUGGGACUACUGGAAUCAGGCUUGGUUCAUUUUAAUGAAAAUCACAUAAAGUCAUUUAUGAGACAGCUUAUGGAAGGCCUGGAUUAUUGUCAUAAGAAGAACUUUUUGCAUAGAGAUAUUAAAUGUUCAAAUAUUCUUCUAAAUAAUAGAGGGCAAAUAAAACUUGCAGAUUUUGGACUUGCUCGAUUGUAUAGCUCAGAAGAAAGUCGGCCAUAUACUAACAAGGUCAUCACUUUAUGGUACCGUCCACCUGAACUGCUCUUGGGAGAAGAAAGAUACACACCAGCCAUUGAUGUAUGGAGCUGUGGAUGUAUCCUCGGUGAACUCUUCACUAAAAAACCUAUAUUUCAAGCAAAUCAGGAACUUGCACAACUAGAAUUAAUAAGCCGUAUAUGUGGGAGUCCAUGUCCUGCAGUGUGGCCUGAUGUAAUCAAACUACCAUAUUUCAACACCAUGAAACCAAAGAAGCAAUAUCGUCGAAAGUUAAGAGAAGAAUUUGUUUUUAUUCCUGCAGCCGCAUUAGACUUAUUUGAUUACAUGCUCGCCUUGGAUCCUAGUAAGCGCUGCACUGCAGAACAGGCUCUUCAGUGCGAAUUCCUUCGGGACGUGGAGCCCUCAAAGAUGCCUCCACCAGAGAGGUUUUUACACGCUGAGGCAAUGCACCAUAGUAAGAUGGCUGAGAGUCUUCCUUUAUGGCAAGAUUGUCAUGAGCUGUGGAGUAAAAAGCGAAGAAGACAGAAGCAGAUGGGCAUGACCGAUGAUGUUUCAACAAUUAAAGCCCCCAGAAAGGACUUGUCUCUUGGCUUAGAUGACAGCAGGACCAGCACACCGCAGGGCGUGCUGCCGUCUUCACAGCUGAAACCUCAGGGCAACUCGAACGUAGCGCCUGUAAAAACAGGCCCUGGACAGCAGUUAAACCACAGUGAAUUGGCAAUUCUACUAAACCUACUACAGUCUAAAACAAGUGUUAAUAUGGCUGAUUUUGUCCAAGUGUUGAACAUUAAGGUAAACUCUGAGACUCAACAGCAGCUAAAUAAAAUAAACCUUCCUGCUGGAAUUUUGGCAACAGGUGAAAAACAGACAGACCCAUCCACACCACAACAGGAGUCUUCGAAACCAUUGGGAGGAAUUCAGCCUUCUUCUCAGAGCGCGCAGCCUAAAGUGGAGACUGAUGCUGCCCAGGCGGCCGUGCAGAGCGCGUUCGCAGUUCUGCUGACUCAGUUAAUAAAGGCCCAGCAGUCCAAGCAGAAAGACGUGCUACUGGAAGAGAGGGAAAAUGGAUCGGGACAUGAAGCGUCAUUACAACUCAGGCCACCUCCAGAACCUAGCACUCCGGCAUCGGGGCAAGAUGACCUCAUUCAGCACCAAGAUAUGAGGAUGUUGGAGCUCACCCCAGAACCGGACCGGCCUCGUAUCCUCCCUCCUGAUCAGCGACCUCCUGAACCGCCUGAACCACCACCAGUGACCGAAGAAGAUCUGGAUUAUCGGACAGAAAACCAGCACGUACCCACCACCAGUUCUUCGUUAACUGACCCUCAUGCCGGAGUGAAAGCCGCCCUGUUACAGCUGCUCGCUCAGCAUCAGCCCCAGGAUGAUCCCAAAAGAGAAAGUGGUAUGGAUUACCAGGCAGGAGACACUUAUGUGCCCACAUCAGACUACAAGGACAAUUUUGGAUCCUCUUCUUUCUCUUCCGCUCCUUAUGUUAGCAAUGAUGGUCUGGGAAGUAGCUCUGCUCCUCCACCAUUGGAACGACGUAGCUUCAUUGGAAACUCAGAUAUUCAGUCUUUGGAUAACUACAGUACUUCUUCAUCUCAUUCUGGUGGUCCACCUCAGCCUUCUGCCUUUUCCGAGUCAUUUCCCAGUUCAGUAGCUGGAUACGGAGACAUUUACCUCAAUACUGGUCCCAUGUUGUUCAGUGGAGACAAGGACCAUAGAUUUGAAUAUAGCCAUGGCCCCAUUGCAGUCCUGGCGAACAGCAGUGACCCUCCCACAGGGCCAGAGAGUACUCAUCCUUUGCCAGCAAAGAUGCACAACUAUAACUAUGGUGGUAACUUACAGGAAAACCCAGGUGGCCCCGGCCUCAUGCAUGGACAGACCUGGACUUCUCCUGCCCAAGGACCUGGAUAUUCACAAGGAUACAGGGGACACAUUAGCACAUCAGCUGGCAGAGGUCGAGGCAGAGGGUUACCAUACUGAGUAUCUGUUUUUCCUCAGGCACAUCAUUUUUAUCUGGAAAGACUUUUCUAGCUGCAAUUUAAGGCAGCAAUCCAAGAGACUUGAAUAAUAUUAAUUCAACAACAGCUUUAUUUUUAUGUGGAAAAGGGUCUUGCAUACAAUAGUUAAAAAAAAAAGAAAAAAAAAACCUUUGCUUAAAUUCAUGCUGUUCUAAAAACUAGAUCUAUUGAUUGUACAUCUUCACAAAUUCUAGUUAACAAUUUUAUUUUGUAUUCUUGCAGUUUUACGUGGAUGCUAAUCUUAGGGACAUAAGAGUCUUUUAUGGCCCUCUUGCAGAUCUUCUGAACUAUGCACAUUUGUGCUUUUUUUGUAAGUUUGGACCAACUUUUAUGUAACAACCAACCAACCCCUCCCCCCCUCCAGUUUUACAACAAUCAGAAAGGGCACUGAUUUAUUUGGUAUUUUUCUUUUUACAAAGCUACCUUUAGUCAAAGGUCACUGUCAGUCUUUGCACCUGCUUCCAGUGUUAUUGUGAAAGGUGUACUUUGUGCUCACUUCAGAAAAUAAAACACAACCUUUCUCUUGAUGCAACAGUUUUAUAAAAAAAAAUGGUCAACGUUAUUUUUGUUUUAUUUUGCAGAUUAUCAUAGCCGAGCAAAAUGCAUUCAAAUGAAAUAGUGGGUUUUAUAUGAAAAAUAUGGGGUGGGGAGGGUAAGUAAGUGCCUUAACAGGUAAGCUGAAGGUCUGAAAAAGCAGUUAACCUUUACACCCAUUUUGUCUUCUAAAGGGAAUCAAUACUGUAUUGAAGAGGCAGGGAGCUCUCCAGUGUUUAGGGACUGCUGCCUGUUCAGUUCCCGCUAGACUCAUUCCCUCUGCCUGUCACACUUUCUUCUUUCCUGCCUGUCUUUGGGCUAUGUUACCUUCCACUACCACCUUGUCUUGCUAGGAGCGUGAGAGCAAAGAAAGGGAUUAGAACUCCAGUCAGUAUCGUGUUACUUCCAAGAAGUUCUAAAAAGUUACAUCAUUUAAGUGGUUGAAAGUAAUAGCUAAAUGAGAAUUUUAGAGUACCCGUUUUCAGGCUGCCAUAUUGUCCCUGUUUUCCUUUUGCCAUGGAUAAUUGGAGGGCAGUAGUGCAGAAGCAAGGCUUAAUAAACAGAAUUGCCUGAUUCUAUUAAAGUUCAUGGGGGAAGGGGAGGCAGACAUCAUAUUUUAAGUUAUGCAAUUGCCAUUUUAAGAAAAAGCCGUUCAGUUUGUUAACUAGAAACUUUGCCUACACUGAAUUUAUUGAAACAAAAAGAAAAAGUAGUGAGAGAAAACCUCUUCUCUUCCUUCCUCUCACCUUCUGUGAGGUUUAUUAGGACUUCUGCCAGACUUAGAGCAACUUUAGUUCAUUUUAGCAUUUUUUCUCUUUUAUUAAAAGCAGCAAGGAAGGAUGGACUAACCCUAUGUAAGCUGUAAUGGUGUCAAGUCUAACUAACUUCUCGUGCACGCUCAGGCACACGUACAAUUACAAUAAAUUCUCAAAAGGAACCAAAGGUGAAUAACCAGUGUUUCCAGUAUCCCUGAAUGGAAAAAUAAGCUCUGGAGAUGAGAGCUGUGCCAAUUAACCAUUUUGUUUUAACUGUUCUUUCUCCUGGUAACUUACUUUUUCAUUGGAAUUGUAAAUCGGAAGAGCUGUUUUAGAAUGGAAAUUUGCUCCAGUUCUAAAGUCAGUCUUUUAACCCCAUGCCCUCUGACUUGUGAACCUUCAUUUCAAAAUACUAUAUGGGAAGCAUUACAGUUUGGUGACAGCAAGGAUAUUUUAAAGUGGAUAUUUUACCAUUUUACUGCUAUAAAAUGAGUUGAUGUCAGUUGAUCAUUUUAUUUUUUUGAUGGAAUUUUUUUGUUGUUGUUACUGGGGAGAAAAAUGAAUGGAAGAAAAAUUAUUUUGCUUUUAUUUGAAUUUUGAGUACUAACAACUUAAAACUACAUUGCAGGAGGUGAAGAAAUACUUCAAAUUUAGCAAAAUAGCUACAGUAUUCAACUAUCUCAAAUUUUAAUAUGGUGAGUCUUAGCGCUUUAGACUUUCCUAUAAGUGACAGUAUCUAAGUUAUUCUUAAUAGUCACACUUGAUAAUUCUGCUGACCACAGCAGCUAACCGAAAAUUGAAGAUAUUUAUGUGACAUGAAUAGCCUGUGUUUUAAAAAUUAAAUAUUUUAUAUAAAAUUGAA